UUUCGUGCGAAAGAAUGAGGGGUGGCUGGAUGCUGGGUGCAUUGAUUGUAAUGGAUGUUUGCACGACGGCCAGACUGGCAUGAAGUUCGGUGUGACCGCAACGACGUUCGUGGGAACGUCGACGGUGACUGUCUACCUGGUAGUUUUUUCCACGGCGGUAGUCUAGUUUUUUUUGACGGCGGUAGUUUUUUCCCGGCUCAAAACAAGGAUCACACGGCAACUUGAAAGAGAGAGAGAGAGAGAGAGAGAGAGAGCUGCUGGUAUGCUCGACGCAUCAUUUCGCCAUGGCUUGGGCUUGGGCUUGGAGGUAUUUUUCAGUAUUCCGAACGUCUCUGGCCCGUUCGGGACUCUCGUAGGAUCCAUUCACUGCUCAUGAUCAUUCGCCAUCCUAUCAGCAGCAAAAGCCCUGCCAAACUGCAAAACGGGAGCGGGACCACAGCCCACAAGGCGAAACUCUUCAUGCGAGGCCCUCCGGAAGUUAGGGAACCACAGCUACUACCGGUACGAUUCCGUUGUGGAGACUCACUCCCCAAGUUGCCACCAAUCGAUCCUAAUCGUACUGUAUAUAGCAUGGCUGUGCUACGCAACUCUUCCAUACGAUUUGCUAUGACUGAACAACUCUUUCCCUCUGUCUGCGAAACGUUAUUGUGGACACCACCGUGGACAAACACAGUUGGUGUCAAACAUUCCAAAGCCUUCCAAAAAUUACUUACUUACUUACUUACAAUCCGCAAACCACAACGGCUUUUUGAACGUAAGCGAAGUGGCAGCCAUCUCAACAAUGGAAUAUCGUCGGGAUGGGUCAAUUGCAGAUGAGUUUAUCUGUUCCAUCAGCUUGGAAUUUGCCAUUGGAUCCUGUCACUGCUGAGGACGGGCACAUCUAUGAGCGUAAAUGCAUUGAGGAACACUUUCGGACCCAUCAAGGGGAUCAUCUCAAGUCACCAAUGACAAAUGAAAAGAUGGGCAAGAAGCUCUUGCCAUCCUUCCAGGUUAGGAAUGCAAUCGGGAAAAUGGUGGAGUCUGGUGUUAUUGAUGGAGACCUGGCGCACAAAUGGAAGGAAAGGGUGAAGCUGAAGAAGGAGAUGGACGACUUGUUGAGUUUGGCGGAAGAAGGUGAUACUGAGGCUAUGUGCAAUGUAGGAAAUUGGUAUUUCGAAGGUGAUAAUGGUGUCAAGCAAGACUACAAGUUAGCUUAUACGUGGUUCAAGAGGGCACACGACGCUGGGAAUGUCAGAGGCACAGCCCUGCUGGGAGUGUGCACUUUGCGCGGUGUGGGUGUUGCACAGAGCGAAUCGCUUGGAUUCAUCUACUUGACCAAAGCAGCAAUGCAAGGAUCGGCUAUGGCUGCGUAUUGUUUGGGAAUGGCAUUUGCCAAUGGCAUGCAUGGUGUUAGUGUCAACAAGGCAGAGGCCAUUCAUUGGCUGGAAAAAGCCAUAGGGGAGGAGUGUCCUCACGAGCAUGGAGACGGCGACUUCAAAAACGAAGCUCAACAGGAGUUGAAUCAGCUAAAAGCCAAUCAACCAGCCACUAGUCGCUAGCUGGAUCCAUUCGAAUGGCUCCUGCAAUCUACCCAGAAGCAACAUUUCGAUUCCUGGCCAGUUUCAGGAGGCUCUUUCAACUUCAGGGCGGUACUAUCAACAAUGUACUCGCGGUCAUUUUAAAACGCAGGCAGCUGUACUUUUCUAAUAUAGAACAGAGUGCUCUUCUUUU